AUGCUCGGCAUCGGAGGCCGGCUAUCUGCUAUCGUCCCCAUUAUUGCUUCGGCUGUCGCCGUUGCACUUUCUAUUGUGCUGCUUGCAGCUGGGACAAACACAAGUAAUGGAGGAAACAACUAUUGGUUGUCGCUAAAUACAUCAAAAAUCGGUCAAGACAUUGUUCAAAUCAAGGCGGCCAACAGCAGCGGAAAUGGAAACGGCAACGGCGGCGGCAGCCUCAUCCCGGGCAUCCCCGCACCCAACGAUCCGACCGGCAUCACGGAGGGCCUCGGCAAUGCUUUGGGAGGUCUGCUUGGAAAUCUGACGAAUGCGCUCGGUGAUGGUGUCUCGGAUAUCCAGGGCCAGCUGGUGGGCAACUUGACGCAGCUGUUGGGCGUCAAGGAUAACUACCGCCUCUACCUGACAAAGAUGUGCGAAGCGACCUACGCCGACGACAAUAACCCGAACAGCAAAGUCACCAUUAGCAAAUGCGAGAGCUACGAUAACACGGGAGCUGGACUGCGAAACAUCACCAACUCGAUCCCAUCCUCCUUCGUAGUCGGCACCGCAAACGUCUCCGUCCCCCUCGUAGCCGCCAUGGCCGGCACCCUAGACCAAGUAGUCGAUCUCGCCAGCGGCGGCGCAAAAGCAAUGACGGCCCUUCUCGCCAUUGGCACAAUCUCCACCGGCAUCGUCCUCCUCGCCACGCUCCCCAUCCUGAUCGUCGGCUUCCUUCGCGUCCUCGUCCUCGUCUCGCUCGUCUUCUCCUUACUCGGCUCCUUUGUCCUCCCCGCCUUUGCGAUCGUCGCGACUUCGCUCAUCUACGGCGGCAAGAGCAUGCUCAACAAGUCCAUGUCUGCGUUUAGUAUGCAAAUUCAGACGGGCGGUCCGUUUGUAGCCAUGUCGUGGGUUGCGGCGGUUGCGUCGAUGGCUGCGGCGUCGUACUGGUUCAUGGUUUGGUUUGUGAGCUUUAGACGUACUGCGUUCAGCAGGCGUAAGCGCACGGAGAACGAGAUUGGAAACUGGCGUGGCAUUUUCCGUGAGGUGAAGGGUGACAUGCGCACCUGGGAGGGAGGCGAGAAAUAA